CUCGUCUCAAUCGCCGCACUAGAUGUUGCUCCCGGCGAGCAAUUAGUCGUGGAAACCUACACGAGAAACGACCUCACUGGUGAGAUUGUGGCACACCACCCGAUUUUUUCUCCGACUAUUGGAUAUUGGCCAUUUGUCAUUACGGAAGCCGAUGUAGAAAGCAGCAAAAGCGAGGCCGACGCGUUUUUCUUUGAGGACGUUCCAAAGAGCGGCACGGACGAAUAUGGUGAUGGCACAAGCAAUCACCCUGAAGGUCCGCAAAAAUCCGCAGAAUGGUCGCGCCCAAAAAUACCGACUGAGGCUGCUAGUGCCGUUGAGUUUCCGUCCAAAGGAAAACGCGAGGAAGGCAGCCUUUUCGCGUUCGAUGACAAGCAAAUAAUCCCUGACUUUAUGGGAGUUCGAUACCCCUACCGCAUUUUCUGCAACAAGAAAUACGGCGACGACAUCGAGGCUAUACGGCAGCAGCAGGCCCAUUCGCUACGGCGGAAGCAGUGCGAGGCGUUUCGGGAGGCUGUACUUGCGAGAACUGACACAGCUCGUCGGAAAGACAAAGAGCACGGAACUUUCAAUCACGUUGGCAGCAGCGGUGAAAGAACGGUCAAUGGCGAGGG